AUGACGGAGCAACGUUCUUCAACGCUUCUGUCGCCAAAUGCAAAGAGGGCAAAAAUUAGCGCUAACGCUGAAUACAGCGCCGAUGUUACGGUACCUGAUGCCGAACAGAAUGGGCAGUCUGAGGCAAAGGCUGAACUUGACGAAGAGGCAAAACUAGCUCUGGAUGAAGUGGAAUCCGAAAUAUCGCAACUACUAGCAACUGGCAUACAGGACACCAGUGUAUUCGGUUGCCACGAUGAAUGUGCAGCCAUCUGGCAGCACAUACGACAGCAGCACGGUGAACUGGGUUCAACGAUAGAUAACGAACUCGGAAUCGAUCCGCAGCUAAGAGAUGUCAUCCGUGCUUUCGCGGAAGGAUCGGUCUUACCCAUCAGUGCCCUCAUUUCCCAUUUGCGCGAGCACAUCGCAUCCCACUGCAAAUUUGCCAACCAUGAUAUUGGUAACAUGGAGCUCGACACGCUUAUACCACGCAUUGUCACCAGGAAGAAUUUAGGGGAAGUUUUCGCUGGCGAUAAUGCCGUAGACAGGAUGGAGUCAAUGCGGGCAGAGUGUAUGUGGAUCUGGGAGUCCCCGUCCAUCGACGUGUUCCCCGACACCAUUCAGGAGCGCGUCAAUGCGGCGCGAGAGGCGCGCAACUUGAUUUCUAGGCGUUAUAUCACCCUUAUAAAGGUGAGAGAUGCUAUCAAGAGUGGUGAUAGGGUGGCGCGGUAUGCCGCGAAUGAGGAGCUCGGUGCCAUAUACAAGAAAAUGCUACUCGAAAGAGAAAAGCGAGAGAGGUUGGAAGUCAAGAAUAAGGCUAAGGGGAGCAAGAAGCGUGAAACCUCAGCCCAGCACGCCAAGGCAUCCCAGGCGAAAGAUACGAAGGCAUCGGCCAACACAAAGCAAGAGAAAACCACGGCCAGGUGUCCCUCGAAGCCUCAGGCGGCAUCGUCCAAACAACCUAAUAUGCUUCUCAGUUGGCUGAAAUCAUCGUCCACAACGCCGGCUACUUCCACUGGCGCUGAUGAUAACGCAGGUAAUGCAGCAUCUGCAGCCCGUAGCAGCCCCCCAGCAACCAAGGCCCCGGCGAGUAGCAGUGGCACGGGCCCAUCCGUACAACCUGCAGAGGCAAAUGCAGAUGAUUAUGACGAUAUGGGUGCUACCGAUGCGCAAAUGGUGGAAAUUGCCAAGCUCAUGGAUGCGCUUCCCCGACAUCGACGACAUGGCAACUCCGACGGAUUAACACAUGACAUGAGUUGCGUCACCCCAGAACCUGUCUCCACAGCUGGCGAUGAUGAUGCCCCGAAUUUUGACGAGUUUAAGAAGAUGUGCGAAGGCCACAGGGAAGCGUGGAUGAGGUACUUUACAUACAUUAAUUCCAAUCGCAAGUUCUAUGUGGAAUCAUCAACCAACACCGCUUCGACUGAAGAAGGCCCCGCAGAGACCGCUGCGGCACGAGAAAACAGCGCGAAAGGGUUUGUCGUCGACGAUCUGGUAAAUAAUGUUCGGGACACCAUCUACGGCGACCAGACCCUUAAGCAAGAGAGGUCUGCCAGGCUGUUCUACAUGUCCGACAACGAGUGGAAACGCCCUUCCAUGAGGCUGCUCAUUUCCAGAAGCUCGCAACUCGUCAAACCCACUGAGCCGUUGGCUAUAGAACCUGCCAUGGACUACUACGCCGACAGCGACGAGGAAUGGUUCGAGCAGUAUGAUGUCGACGACGUCGAAGAAAGCGGCAGCGAAGAGGAAGAUGAGGAUGAAGACGAGAACGACUGGAUAGUCCAAGAUAACCCUCAGCAGGAGUUGCAGAAGCACACGCUCAACCUUUGCGAGGUGGUAAAGGUCUACUGCGUGAACAGAAACUGGCACUGGAUCGUUGAUGGCGUUCCUCAAAACAACGACGAAUGUUGCAGUGUCGAGGAGGCCAAGAAGAAUGGGAUGAAUAUCGUACCGUGCGAUUUCGGGUUUGGUUACGAGGGGUACACCCAAAACCCGAUAUCAGAAUUCGUUAACAACAUGCGUGGACACCAAAUCAUAAUGACCAAGGAGGACGUGCAGGAGUUCCUGAAACUGUGUCACGGGAAACACACCAAAAAGGAGCUGCUUAUAAGCGAGUUCAAAAAUAAGAAGCCAUUCUGCUCAACUGCCGAGCUGAGAGAGAAAUUCAAAAAGUACAUAUGCCGCAUGAAGGUUGACCACACCCCGCAGAGGUGGCUGGUCACAACGGAGGCGGCCAUCCUCUUCGGCAUUCGGCCUGAAUUAGACGCCAUUCUGGCGGUUGCUAUGGAACAGGUGUUGGAGGAAACGUGA